UUAAUCUUGGAUUUAAUCAUUUGUGGGUUAUUUGGUUUGAGUAUGUGCUUUCUCGGUUUCUCCUCAUGUGAUUUGGGUUGGAUACUUGUAUUAGCCUUGAUGAGGCAUAAGUGUGCUUUCUACUGACAAAAUUAUCUAUCCAUUGACAAUAUUUUCAGCUCUAUCUACUACUACAAAAUUAACAACCAACGUCCAAGAAGGACCAUAGAGAGACUAAAUCUCUCUUCCAUUCUCCCGCAUGAUUUGAUCGUUCAAAUUCUGCUGAGGUUACCGGUGAGAUCUCUGCUUCGUUUCAAAUCGGUGUGUAAGCCCUGACUCUCUCUCAUUUCCGAUCCCCAAUUUGGUAAAUCUCACUAUGACCUAGCAGCUGCACCCACCCACCAAUGUCUGGCAAAACGUAAUGAUUCUGAAAUUGAGUCCCUAGAUGUAGAUGCAGCAUCACUUCACAAUUAUGAGUCUUCUGUAGUAAACCUCAGAUAUCCGCUUUCAUCACCCCCUCGCAAGAACAACCCUGUUGAGUUCUUGGGUUCUUGUAGAGGGUUUAUAGUUGUAGCCUAUGGACGGGGUAAUGUCAUUGUAUGGAAUCCAUCAACCGGUGUCCAUAGAAGAAUUGCAGGCAACCUUAAAUGGAUGAAGUAUCACUUUUUAAAUGGUUUUGGGUAUGACACAUCAACGGAUGACUACUUGCUUGUUCGUAUAGAAUUGAUUCUUUGGGAAGACUAUGUUUAUAGUCAACAAGAUCCAGACAUUAUAGCUAAUCAUCCUACUUGCAUUCGCCUUUUUUCCAUGAAAACAAAUUCCUGGUUUUACCCAGAGGGUACUUAUGCUCAAUAUGCGGAUCUGGGUCUUUGUGAAUUCAAAGUUGGGUCCUUCUUGAACGAGGCUCUAUAUUGGUUGGUUAUCUCUGUUGAAACCAGUAAUCAUGCAAUCAUUGCCUUUGAUUUGGUAGAAAGGAGUUUGUCAGAGAUUCCAUUGUCUCAAAGUUUAGCCAGAGAAUUAAAAUGUAGAGAGUAUCAUUUGCGGGUCAUGGGAGAAUGUCUCAACCUAUGUUGCCCAGGUGAUCAAUAUGACGUGGCUUCAAUGGCUGAGAUUUGGAUGAUGAAAAAAUAUAAAGUGCAGUCAUCUUGGACUAAGUUAUUUGUUUUUUCUACUUGUAACAUUCCCCACAACAGGUUUUUUCCAAUAUGUUUCACCAAACAUGGUGAAAUUUUUGGAUCAAACGGCUCUACAAGCUUAAUGAUAGUUAAUGACAAAGGAAAGCUGCUUGAUGAAUGCACAUUUGAUACGGAUAGAGGGGAUUUACUUCAUUGUGGUAUGUAUAGAGAGAGUUUACUAUCACUCCCUAAUGAAUUAGAGGAAACAAGUGAAGAUGGACUAGCUGACGAGUUCCUUGGAGGAGACAAGUGAAGAUGACCAAUGGUAUCUGAAAAUAAGAAUUAAUGCCAUGAAGGGUGCAAGAGUGAUCUACAGUUAUGCUUGAUGUCUUGGCUUGCCUUAAAAUGAUGAUCGUGCAAGAGGAGAGCCUAGAAUUUGGAAGAGAAUGUUAUUUACACAAUGUUAAAUCAUCUCGCUUUAGUAGUGUUUGCUUUCUCAUGGUUUCAGUAAGUUGGA